AUGUUGACUGAUAAAUCAUAUGACCAUGGUCUUUUAGAGCACUUAUUUGGUAAUGAAUACACUCGCAAAAGAGUAAUCUCUGCUAGAUUAAGAAAAGAAGAUCCAGAGAUCAAACAGUUGAAAUUGAGACAUUAUUUAGGGGACUCUUAUAAUAAUAAUUACCACCAAGCUGAAACCUCGGAUUUAUCAUCUGCCAGAACUCUGCACACCAAUAUAUACAGAUUUCAAAGUGUAAACGUUGAGGUGGCAAAAAAAUCCGCAAACAAAAAAGAAUCUGUGACGUUGUUUGAAUUACAAGAUGAGACCACUGAUGAUAAGUACGUGAUUAAGAGCUUCAGCGAUAACCAUUUUUUGAACCGAAGACAUUAUAGAAGGCUAACAAAUGCCAAUAGCUCUUAUCACGGAUUAGAGAAUUUUUCAAAAUGGAAGAUCGCAAACUGUUUUUCCAGAGAUGAGCAUGAUUUUAUCAGGGCGUUAGUGAACAUACCGAAAGCCAAAGCAACAUCAAAGCUGGAGAGUUUGGCACAUGUUUAUCAACAGAGAAAAAGAACUUCCUGCAACCAUCAAAGAUUGACCAUGCUUGAUUCAAAGCGCAAAAACUCAAAAGAAAUGACCUCGACUGCAUAUUUCCAAUAUUGUUAUAAGUACAAUCUUUAUGUUAUAGAAAGAAUGCAUUUUGACAGUCUCUUCAUGUACCAUAUCAAAGGAAUUCGUGUUAAACAUCCUUAUAAUAGGAAUUUUGUGCCAUCGCACAUUCAGUGUUAUGAUCCUAGUAGGUUUAAUAGAAUUUUUAGACAUAUAAUGGAAAUGAAUCAAUUUUUUGCCAAAAAUCCAUUAGCUAGGGCUUCAGAAAGUACUAACACCGAAAACGAAAAUCAUAAUAAAGACAAGUACGAGGAUGACGAUGAAUACAGUGAUGAUGAUGGCCAACAAUCAAGUGGGCCUUUUUUCAUCCGUAGUUUAUCUGACUUCAAAGAGCUAUAUCCAAAUAUUGAUAUCUCAAAUAAGGACACAUACAAUGAACAAUAUUACGAGAUCAAGUUGAUCCGUGAUUGGCUAGUUGCUAAUGGGCAUAUUAAUGAAGGUAAAAAAGUUCCAAGGAGCUCAGUUUUCAUUGAGCAAGAUCCCUGA